UGACACCUUGAGCAAGAGCUCACACCUCUCACAUCAGUGCUCUGUGCAGUUUGACAAGGACCAGUUAGUUUAAUGAGGUUGUAGAGAAGUUCAUUGUUGAGAAAAGUUGGGGAUAAACUAAUAAGAAUCCAUUAAAUAGGAUGGCAUGUCUUUCUUUUAAAACUGUAUGUAAAGGCACAUCACUUCUGUUCUUUGUCAUUGUUCUGGGGAUGAAUGCACAGACUGAUACAGCAGCUUCUGCCACUACAAACUCUCCUUCAACUGAGUCUCAAACAUCAGCUCCUACAACAGCUUCUGCUACUACAAGCUCUUCUUCAACUGAGUGUGAAACAUCAGCUCCUACAAAACCGGAUGUGAUCAGGGAUCUCAGAGUGACCAAUAUCACAACAUCAUCUGUGUUUCUGAGAUGGAAUGAACCAGGAGGAAAAAGAGAUUUCUUUCAAAUUCAAUGGACCGAUGAUAAAACAAAAAGACAUUCAACAACGAACACUUCCUAUAACAUCACUGAUCUGACUGCUGGAGUCAGUUACACAUUCUGCAUCACUGCUGUGGCAGCAGAUCAAUCAACAGAAGGAGAACCUGUCUGCAUCUCAAACUAUACCAAGCCAGAUGUGAUCAGGAAUCUCACAGUAAACAAUAUCACAACAUCAUCUGUGUUUCUGACAUGGAAUGAACCAGGAGGAAAAAGAGAUUUCUUUAGAAUUCAAUGGACUGAUGAUAAAACAAAUAGAAAUUCAACAACGAACACUUUCUAUAACAUCACUGAUCUGACUGCUGGAGUCAGUUACACAUUCUGCAUCACUGCUGUGGCAGCAGAUCAAUCAACAGAAGGAGAAACUGUCUGCAUCUCAAACUAUACCAGUAUGUAAUAUUAUGAAUUAUCUGUCACCUUCCUUUUUUGUAUAUGGUUGUAAUAAUGCAAAAGUGGUUAUUGCAACUAUAUUUAAUCUCAAACAGUACAGUAUGCCACAUUGUAUAUAAGGGUUGAACUUGAAAUGUCAUCGAUAUAAAAUGUGUAAUGUUGUUAAUUGUAACGGGCCUGACGAGACGCGAGACGUGUGGAUCCAUGUUCGAGCUUUUAUUGAGCAGAGACGUGGUCGUACAGGCAGGGUCAAACAGUGGCAAACAGGUAUAACAUGGGCGAGACAGAGAGUAAACAAAGACAAGCGUGGGUCGACGAUCGGCGAACAGUAUCCAAAGGGGCUUGACAAGAGAGGUAAUCCAAAACGUGAGCAAGAGUCCAGUCAGGGGAAAACAAUCCGAACAAAGGCAAGGCUAGGAAAACUAACAGGGCUCUGUAGGGCAGCAAUAAUGCAUACAAUACUCGGCAGUGAGGCAGAGAAAGUCCAAGGCUUAUAAAGAGUGUUCAAUGGGUUUCAGCUGUGUAAUCAGUGCAAUGAUCAGGUGAGUGUGUGAUUAGUGAGAUGGCUGAUGGGAAAUGCAGUCCAUUGUGUUGUGUGGUGUGAAAGUCAAUGUGGUGAGUGAGUGACCUCUGGUGGUGAAUGAAUGGAAGU